UAAGCUCUUCCCUCUGCUUUGGAUGCUUUUGUCUUUGGGUGAGCUCUUCUCACUUGAUGCUUCUUUCUUUUUUCUUUCUCUUUCUCUCUCUCUCUCUGGAAAGCUAAGCAAAUAAGAAGUCUUUCACCUUUCUUUUUGGUGGCGGGUGCUUUUCAUCUUUUAAGUUUUAAUAAGUUUUUGCAAUUCCUCUCAUUUCCCCUCUGUUUCGAGUUUUGACUUUUUUCUUUAUCAUUGCUUCAGUCAUAAGGUAGAUUGCUUCCUUUUGUUUUUACUGUUUUAGUUUUCCAACAAGAAAGAAGAAGCAUGUCUCUGUCUCUGGCAGUUUCUAUUACAGUCACAUUGUCUUCUUGUCGUUUUUUCUACCUUUUCUUUCCUUUUAGAUAUUACUCAAAAUUAUCUUACUGAGGAACCCUUUUCUCUUUGGUCUUGGAAUUGCUGUAUUGCAGCUUUAGUUUGAGCAAUAAAGAUUUUGGAAGCUAGGUGCGUCUUUUUUUUUGUUUUGUUUUUUUUUUUGCCUUGUUGAGGAUCUGAAUCAGCGGUCGUUGAAAGGCAUGUAAUGUUAAAGUAGAUACUUUAAUGAUCCCUGAUUGAGAAAAUGGGUUGUGCUGCUUCAAGGAUCCAGAGAGAAGGGAGGGUGCAGGUUUGUAAGGAGCGGAAGAAGCUUAUGAAACAAUUGGUGGGAUAUAGAGGAGAAUUUGCGGAUGCCCAGUUGGCAUAUUUGAGGGCAUUGAAGAAUACUGGUGUAACCCUGAGACAGUUUACUGAGUCCGACUCAUUAGAACUUGAAAAUACCUCUCAUUGCUUGACAUUACCUCCCUCUCCACCUUCCCCAUUACCUCCUCCUCCUCCGCCACCACCUUCUUUUAGUCCUGAUCCAAGAAAGGCCGGUGAAAAUGGUAUUAUCGAAGCUGCCCAAGAUGAAAGCGCAAAGGUUAAUCAGGAUGAGUGUUCUACCCCACCACCUCCUACUGCAAGCUCUUCAUGGACCUAUUGGGACCUUUUUGAGUCUACUUCACCUCUCCAUCAUCCAAAACAGAGUGAAACAGUGGAACCAAUUCAGGAGGAAAGUUGGGCAGAGAGUAGGAUGCAGUUUGAGGAUGAAAAUCCUGGAGAAGAACUUGUCGAAGGUUUUGCCAUAAAUACUCCCCCUAUGAGGUCUCUGCGAAGGGAAAUAGCUGAUAAUAGCUCAUCAAUCAUGAGCUGGUAUAAUAAAGAUUCGACAGAUGUAGCCAUGUUAGUAUUGAAGAACAACAAGACCUUAGAGGGAAUUAUGAAGGACUUAGAUGACUACUUUUUGAAGGCAUCAGCUGGUGGGAAGGAAAUAGCUGUUUUUACAGACAUCAACAUAGGGAACAAUUCUCUUCCAUGGAAACUCAAUGAAAACAAAAGAAACAGGAGCAAUUCUGCAAAGGUUUUUAGUGCGUUGUCAUGGAGCUGGUCUUCUAAGUCCCUUCAGCUUGCAAGAGAUGCUUUUCAGUGUCGAUAUAGCAAGCCAUGCAAUCCUGGAGCUCAUUGCAUUACUCUUGAUAAGCUAUAUGUUGCAGAGCAGAAGCUUUACAAGGAAGUAAAGGAGGAAGAAGUUACCAAAUUGGAGCUUGAAAAGAAAUUGAUGUUGCUCCAAAAGCAAGAUGAAAACCAUGACUGGACCAAGACUCAGAAAAUCAAAUCAAGUGUUGAGAAUCUGGAGAAUGACAUGACACGCUUGCAACAUUCAAUAAGUACAGCCUGUUCAUCUAUAUUGGAGCUAAUUGAUGAGGAGCUUUACCCACAACUGGUUGCAUUAACUUCAGGUCUGAUGGGGAUGUGGAAAAUGAUGUACAAAUCUCAUCAAUUUCAGAACCAUAUUUCAAAGCAGUUGAAUCAUCUCACUGAUCAUUUAAGCAUGGAUUUGACUACUGAAUCCCGUCUUCAGGCUACAGCUCAGCUUGAAACUGAGGUUUCUUUCUGGUAUUAUAGCUUCUGUAGGCUCAUAAAAUCUCAACAAGAGUAUUUAAGAACACUCUGCCAGUGGAUCCAACUUACUGAUUGCCUUGUAAGCAACCAGCAGCAGAGUCAUUGCUCAUCUGCAGUUCGUAGGCUUUGUGAAGAAUGGCAUCUUGGUUUUGAAAAAUUACCUGAUAAGGUGGCAUCAGAGACCAUUAAGAGUUUUUUGUUGGCUAUCCAAUCUAUAAUCCAACAGCAGGCUGUGGAGCACAACCAGAAAAGAAAAUAUGAGAAGCUUCAGAAAAGGUUGCAGAAGGAGUUAAUUUCACUGACUGAGAUGGAGAAAAAGGUUGAGGGAAGCGUAUUAACUUUAGAUAUGAACUCCACGCUGAGCCCAAAGCAUCCUCUUUCAUUGAAGCGUGCCAAAACUGAAGCCUUAAAGAAGCGAGUUGAUGUGGAGAAAGGCAAACAUCUAAACUCAGUCCAAUUAAGCAAGACCAUGAUUUUAAGCAAUCUAAAAACUAGCCUUCCCAAUGUAUUUCAGGCAUUAAUGGGAUUCUCGAAAGCUUGUGUUGAGGUCUUUGAGGCCAUUCAUGGCAACAGUCAGCCAGAAAUUCCUUGUGCCUCAUAGAACUCAAACUAAAUUUUAUUGAAUGGUGGAAAUGUAUAUAAAUGCUUUCUACCGUAAAUUGUCUGUCAAGGUGAACUGAAUGUCUUGCCAUUCUAGAGAAUGAUAUAUACCUUUUAAUCAGUGAAGUUUUGAUUAAGGUAAACAAAA